GAAACAGUAGGAAUGUAUGCUCCCACGGAAAAUCUUUCCGCCGCCUUCUCGAGUCGCCUGGUAGACGACAGGAACUCGGUGGUGUUCUACGCUGAGUGCAUGCACUUUCUGUCUGAAUGAUCGUUUUCAACGGAGGCCCAGCCACUUUUUGAUGGCGAUGGUAGCAUCGACGAGGCGCUUUCGUGGUUCAUUUUCUCGGCAGGAGAUCGUCGCAGAUUAAGCUUUUGUCCACAGGCCAUAAAUGCGCCUGUCACCAGGAGGGGGGGGAGUUUCAGUUGAAGAUUGUCAGCCGACCUGAGGCCCAGAAGAGAGUUCACUACUGCAUCGGCGCCUCUGUCCAGGGACCCGCUACGCGUUCCCUGCGUAAUCGUCAUCGUUGAGGAAUCAUGGAACACCCAGCUACGUUCGUUUUUGUUUGACUUCCGUGUCUGCGUCUCUCCGUAUCUGUGGCGUUGCAGCUUGACACAAGUAGUAUGUCACUGUUCCCCGUUUCUCGGUGUGCCCAUCUGUGAACAACAAACAGAUUUCAUUUCUCUUUUACCAGGACAGGAGACCUGGUGACGGUGGUAUCUCGCCCCAAAGGCAGCUCCCCUGUGUAGACGACGUAGGUCUUCGUGGAUCGAGUGCUCCUUUUCGACGCAUGCGACCUCGCGUACCCGGUGUGCCUUUUGGUUCUGUAUAGUGCCGGCGCUUCUCUCAUAUUCGAACUGUCCAAAGUGUAUCGCUGAGCCUCCGCAAGCUCCUGUACUACCACAAGAAAAUGUGGAGCUUGCAUUUGCGCCUGCUGUCGCGUCCGUAGCGUAUGUCAAUUUGUUCUUCGCCCCGGGGUGUAUCCCCGUUGUGUCGACGACAUUCUCGUGUGAAUCUGUCCAUCUCGAGUAUCCCCCGCAAGUUUGAGGCAUCCGGUCCGAUUGGACAAACCACUCGCAAACUAGAACAAUGAACUCCGUAGCUCCUGAACCGACUGUCCCUAAUGGCCUGCCGGCAACUGGACCACGGCCUUGCGCAAGUGCUGGGCACAGGCGCCUGCACCCCGUUGGCAAGACUCGCCACGUUCGCAUCGAAGAAAUGCAUCGUGGAGACUGGCUCAAGUUGGAAAAAGUCACGUACAAAGAUGCGACUGGGUCUAGGGAACUUAUCUGGGAGCGCUUCGUUCGCGUCACGCCGCUGCAUGCAGACCACACUCAGGUUACGCAGGUCCCGGCAGUUUCGAAUGAGUCGUCGCCGUCGUUCCGGCCCGAAGGCGAGGUGGACACGGACGUUGAAGCGGUUUCAGAUGGGAACAAGUCCUCGGCUGCUUCCUGCCUGCAGACUUUGCCGGCGUCUGCUGGUGAAGAAAACUGCUACUGCAGUGAAGCCGCCACAUCUCAGCCAGCUGGACAGACCGGACGCGAGGACGUGCCAGAGCAGAAGGUCUUAGGACGCACAGACCAACAUGAUGGGUGGCGAGACGAAGGAAGGAUGGCAAGUGCAGAUGGGAGAUUGGAGACCACGACGGAUGUUCCCCAGGAAAAUGUUGAGGCUGACAGCGUUGCAGUCGUCGCCAUAGCUCAUGGGGGACGGACCUCGAAGGAGGAUGACUCGAGCAUCAUUCUCGUCAAACAGUACCGGCCUGCAGUGGACGCCGUCACCGUGGAACUUCCUGGCGGUCUAGUGGACAAAGGGGAGGACGUUGGAACGGCGGCAGUGCGAGAGCUAAGGGAAGAGACAGGUUUCGUAGGAACGGUCGUUUCAGUGGGGCCUAAAGUGACGCAGAGCACGCUAGGGAGAGAAGAACUCCACCUCGUCACUAUUCUGGUGGAUCUGGAAGCUUCCGCCAACGUGACUCCGCGACAGCAGUUGGAUACAGAAGAGGAUAUUGAAGUUGUCGUCAUUCCUCUCCGCGAUCUACUGCAGGAGCUGAACCGUUUUGCAAGCGAGGGAUAUACAAUCUUUGACAGUCUUUACAGUUUCGCAUAUGGCUUGCAUUUGCAGUCAGGACUGCUGAAGAAUAUUUUACCCCCCUCUCCUCAACAACCAUCGGGCGAGUAGCCGACAAGGCACGAACCUCAGUUCGUUCUUUGCUUCUACUGACUGCUCGACGUGUCAAAUGUAGCAAAUUUUUAACAUCACUCGCAAACGUGUAUGUAAAACACUAAAUACAACAUCCUCCUGGUGAACUUGUGUUCAGGCACCGCCGCCGCCGUACAAUAGUCCACAGUCCGUUGUAUUGUAUCAUAUGAUUUGUGCCGCAUCAUGGUUUCAACAAAAUAUUGUUAGGGUGCUGUGAUCAUGAUGUACUUCAUGCCUGCCGUGAGCUGCAGUCGUGAUGUAUUUCAUGCGUCGUGAGCUGUACUUGCGUGGUGCAAGGCUGCUUAGUGUCGCUAUAUGGUCAUUUUUUUCAGAAUACCUUGCUCCCCUGUCGCAAAGAAAGCUCUGCCAUGUCAGCCGCAUGAUGCGGUCGAAUGCCAGAGGUGCCGGGAAGCUUACGCCUGUAAAAACUGUAGUAUCCUCAGUAACAACUUCCUUCGCUUGCCGAUUACAGCGCAGAACAAGCAAGAAUUGUUGCGACUGGGCUGGGCUCGAUGUACCUGCGUGUUGAUCUCUUUUGUCACUAUAAAGGGCAGCGAAACGCGGUUUUUGGUGACAGAAUGUUGUUUGCCAACACGCAGAGAACUGAGAAGCAUAGUAGCUGCGAUGGUGACUUUUCGGGUGGACCGUGGUAGAAUAUAUUGUUCCUGAGAUUUGAUGGCCGUGAGUAAUAGAAGGGGCAAGUCCCGCGGCAUCGUUUCAACCUACAAUAGGGAAAUGCGCGUCACUUCACAACUCCGACGGUUAAAAGUCUGUAGACUUGACCGCAGUCCACGUUAUAAGCAGGUUCAUUCUGUUGCUUCAACAGCAGUCGGUGUUUGUCCGGAGCCCCUGUGUGGAUCAGUCUCUUCGUCAUACGCAUAUCCAAGUCGCAAGCGAUACGGUAUCCACGUUAACCAGAAUGUGGCAGAAUUCACCAGCAGAAUCAAGCAGCGAAGACUGUUCCGCAUUAUGAGAUAGCACACUUGAUUUUUUUCUCUACGGCAAGAACAACGCGGCUAUGGAACUUUUUCAGCUGUAGCCCCACGAAUGAGACCUACGUUUUGGUGACAGCGCUAUGUGUUUGCUCACGUGAAUCGAGGUAAAACUAGUAAGAGUCAUACCUUACUGCGCCGAAGAAACCGAGCGUCCGCUACUCAAAUGCAUCAGUCUGCGGGCGACUAUCAAAUAGUGCGCUGUACAAUUGCUAUGCGAAAGUGACAAUUUCCGUCUCCAGCGGAUCGAAUGGGUUACACACCUCCGCUGUUAUUGUGUUUGUGCCUCUGUACUUCUGGGAAUGACGAACGAUACUCUCAGGUUUCAUAGAAUGUGGAGCCUUUUCCCCGUCUAUGCACGCUUGCAGAUGUGUCAGCUUUGAAGUCGGUCGCCGCGCCGCACAGGCGAAAUGAUUUUAACGGCGAAAGCUCCGCAAGCACAUUUCUUUAACUUCAGUGUGGAAGACGGUUUGCAAUCCGAAGGACUGUUGUGUUCUCUAUGAGGGCACACACAGACAGGACGACAGAUGGGUGUGUGCUUCGGGCCAACGCUGUCGCUUCUGUUGGCCUGCUGCAAAUCUCUGCG